AUGAACUCUACACUUUCGGAUAUGUCAGGGAUGGACGUCUUGGGCUUGACCCUCUCAAACCCAAGCUCCCAAUUGACAGCGUCUCACCACGCUCACCCCUAUGCCUCCUCGAUCUCCUCCUCCGCCGCCUCCUCUUCCUCAUCUGUAUUCUCCCUCGAUUGCGUCUCACAGAGUUCGAUAUCAUCCACGUCGACCAACCCGGUUGAUGUGAUUUGGGAGAAUGAGAAUAGCCAUUUGGCUGGAAGAAAUCCAAACGGAGCGGUCCCCCGAGCUUUUGCUAAGGGACCUGCUUCCAAGGUAGACGGUGUAGUGCCAUCCGAGCUGCGAACGCACCCUCGGCGCACUAACAGUUAUUCUUCUAGCGCUCCCAGUGCGCGCCCUCCGCCAUGUCUGCUACGGCAGUCGGAACGGAAGGUGAACUUCGUCGACAACCUCGUCGACACCGCAUCACAGAUUGUUGAGACUAUUUGGCCUCUUUCCGCCGCAGCAUCACGCAGUGAUGCCGCGACCGGAUCCAAAGGGGUUCUUCCUCUCCGCACUUUUAUCCAGGAGACUCUCCGCCGCUCGCGUACUAGCUACAGUACCUUGCAGGUGGCCUUGUAUUAUUUGAUUAAAAUCAAGCCCCACGUGCCCACGCAUGACUUCACAAAGGAGCAGCCUCGGGAUCAGUCGCCUUUGCGGGCGAUGCAGUGUGGGCGCCGCAUGUUUCUGGCAGCGCUGAUUCUCGCUUCAAAGUAUUUGCAGGAUCGCAACUACUCCGCUCGGGCCUGGAGCAAGAUUUCUGGCCUUAAUACUCUCGAGAUUAACCAGAAUGAACUUAUGUUCCUCAAGGCUGUCGGAUGGCGCCUGCAUAUCGAUGAAGCAACGUUUCAGCGUUGGACCGAUCUGGUCUUGAAGCUGACCCCUGGUGCCGGUGGUCCCCCGGUUGCUAAAGGUCAGUGCUGGCAGACUGUCCUACCCAGACUCACCCCUGAACUGGACUUUGUAGAGUCUGAGCCCAUGACCCCAGUACCGGCGAUGGGGAUAGAUCCCGGUCUGUCAGAAUUCCCCCUCGCCUCGUAG